GCCCGCAUCCCCGGGGAGCCGCGCCUGGCCGGGGCAGCGCCGCAUCCCGCUGCCUUUCAGAUAACCUCCGCCGCUCGGGCCUGCGGAGCCGCACCGGGCACGGAGCGGGGGCUGAAGCGGGACCCCCGCCCGCAGCCAGCGCAGCGAGCACGAAGCUGAGCUGGGGACACAGGUACCGGGGACCGAGGGGACAAGGUGUGUGGUGUCCUGGCCGCAGCCAAGGUGAGCUGCCCUCUGGCACGGGAUGUGCUCUGAGCCCCUGCCCUGUGGGAGCUGCCGGUGACUGCAAGUGGGAGAGCCGGGAAGUCAGAGCAAAGGAAUUUGCAAACACAUUCUUCAGCGCCACGAGGAUCCCACUGCAUGUAAACAGGAACAGAGGCCGGCCUGGGGCGAAGUGAGAGCUGCCUCCAGUUCUGCAAGAUCUUCCCUGGACUCACCUGCCCUGGGCAGUGCCCAGUGCCGCCAUCCCCAAAUUACGGUUCCGACUGCAGCUGAUCUGCCGUGGCAAGUGGCAGCGAAGGCAAAGAGCAGGGCUGCUGAGUGACUGCCAAUGUCACGUUAACAUCCCAGCGAGGCUGCGGGGAGCCGGUGCUUUGAUCAGCCGCCCAAGAGCAUCUCGAGGCAGGCAGGAUGGCACUGUGAGCCCUGCCUUCGCCUGCCGGCCCCAGCCUCGCUCCUGGCACCCUCGGGGCUGGCUGCAGAAGAGGGGCGCGGGGUCCGCUGCCGCUGGCCCGUCUCCCCAGGAUGCUCUCCCGCACCAGCUGCUGCUCCCUGUGCUCCUGCUCCGCGGCCAGAGCGAGAUUGAAAGCUCAGCAGGCUGCCAGCAUGUUUUAGCCUGAUGCAGGCGUCCCUCGGAGACCCCAGAGCAGUGGACAGUAAUGUGAAAACGAUACUCAUGUCGUGUCUGAAAGGGCAACAGGUCAUCAUUAAAAUGGAGGCGAUGAAGAUCAUCCACCCGGAGAAGUUCUCGGAGCUGCAGGGGUCGCAGCCGCGCUACGCGCCCGCCCCGCGCCGCGAGCCGCCCCUCGUGGCCAAGCGCGCGUGGCCCUCCGAGUCCGAGAUCAUCGUGAACCAGGCGUGCGGGGACAUCCCCGCCCUGGAUGCCACCCCCGGGCCGCUGCCGCUGCCCCGGACUCCCCCCCUGCCGCGGCGGGAGCGCGGCUACCAGGGCCAGCGCAAGGGCAGCUCCGAGGUCUGCUACCACCGGCAGCCGCCGUCGGACGAGGUGAUCGUCAACCAGUACGUGCUGCACCCCUCGACGCCCUGCGAGCCCCUGGAGUGCCCCACCUGCGGCCACAUGUACAACUUCACCAACAAGCGGCCCCGCAUCCUCUCCUGCCUGCACUCGGUGUGCGAGGAGUGCCUGCAGAUCCUCUACGAGUCCUGCCCCAAGUACAAGUUCAUCUCCUGCCCCACCUGCAAGCGGGAGACCGUCCUCUUCACCGACUACGGGCUGGCGGCGCUGGCCGUCAACACCAGUAUCCUGAACAGACUGCCGGCCGAGGCCCUGGCCGCCAACCCCGUCCAGUGGAGCAGCGACACCGACCGCAGCUGCUACCAGACCUUCCGCCAGUACUGCGGGGCCGCCUGCACCUGCCACAUCCGGAACCCGCUGUCCUCCUGCACCAUCAUGUGAGCCCCGCGCCCGCCCGCGCCUCCGCACGGGGCACGGCGGGGACGGCGCGGCCAGGCCACGGCCGCUCCCCUGUCCCCUCCCUGCCACGGCACCGCCAGGGAAUGCUCGAAUACCACCGAGGAUGUGGGACCGGUGUUCUUGCCGGCACUCGCGGGGGGCAGAGGGGGUGCUGGGACCUGCAGCAGCCCCCUCCUCACCGGUGGUGCCCGGGGAGAGGGACGCUGGCACGGGGAGCACAUCCACCAGCGCGCCCGGGCUCUGCGGCUCCCCUGGCCCUGCGGCGGGCGCUCCUGUGCUGCAUCGAGCACCUCACCGUGCUCCUUCCCCGGGCGCCUCUCCCUCCUCUCUCCCCGGCUCUCCCAGGAGCGGACGCUGGGCUCUGGCCGGAGUGACGCCCUCCCCAUCGCCCCACGGC